AUGAAGUGGUCGACUCUUCUUCCUCUGGCAAUCUCCACACUCUCUCUGUUUCCUUCCACAGGAGCAUGGGAAAUAACAUGGACCGACUCCGACAACAAAGAGCAGAGCCAAUCGGGCCAUGGCCCCAGCGACUGUAUCGUGAUCGAUAACCCCAAGGGCCAUCUGUUCAAGAUUGACUCUCAGGGCGAGAAGGGUAUCAACAUGCUCCUCUUCACGAACAACGAGUGCUCCGGCAAGCAAGCAGGCAUGGCGACCGAUGUCUUCUCCAAGGAAUCUUCCCAGGAUCUGCUCGGCUUCAAGGUCGUGAGUCUUUCGUCAACGACAACCUCGGCCACCGCCACGACAGGGAAAUCCGUCAGCCGAGUUGCCACGACGUUCCCGACUUCGCCGAGUCAGACAGCCUCGACGAGUGGCAGCGAUGACGGCGAAUCGAUGACUAUUCAGACGACAGCGGCGACAAGCCCAGCUGCGACAAUGACCUCUGGAACCUCGAGCGGUGCGUCUUCGACGACCUCGAGUGCAGCGAGCGCAAAUACCUCCAAUGCGGCAGUUCAGCUGGCGGUUUCGAACGGGGAUAUUAUGAGGGGGCUCGUUGGUACGAUCUUUGGAUUAGGGGUGGUGCAAUGGAUCAUCUAG